AUGCGCCAGUCCGAAAACCGCCACCAACUCCCGGACCCGCCUGCGCCUAUGCAGGGGCAAAGGAGUGUAUUCCGCAUCCCCAACUACAAAUCACAGACGGCCCUGCUGCACGGAUCUACGGCCCAACCGGCAGAGCGGGCCUAUCAUUCUCGCCGGGCUCAUCGGAAGUCCCGCGGUGGGUGUGCCAACUGCAAGCAGCGCCGAGUUAAGGGCGUGGCCCAAUUUAUGUCCCGCGAGUCCCUGUCCUCGUCCAUGUCUCUGCUACUGGUAGCCGACAAAAUAGACGAGCUGCUCCAGCUUGGAUCGGCUGCUUCCGGUCUAAAAUCCAAAUCACGUCUAGGUUUGCCGUCAACAGGCCGUGUUUUGGAGGCUCUCCGGCACUUCAACCUCGCCACCGUAGCCAGCUACCCAGCCCAGAAGAAUCCGUCCAACAUGGAUAUGAUGAGGAUGAAGAUGACGCAGCUUGCCUUUGAGACUCCUUUCCUCAUGCAUGCCAUAAUUGGCAUUGCAAUUACCCACCUCUGUAAUGUUGUUCCCGACAAUAGUCAUUACCGUAUCGCCGAGGCAUUCCACUGGGGCCAGGCCGUACACCAAUACUCGGGCGAAGUCUCCACAGGCGUCGAUGGAAACAACAUGGACAAGCUUUACUCCACAUGUAUCCUGCUCACAGUACACUCCUUCCUCUUGGAGGAAUUCAACCCGCGCACCUCCUUUGUUUUCUCCAACGACCCCAGCUCCUUGAACUGGCUCCGUCUGCAAGCCGGCUUGCGCUAUUUGCUCGAGCACACCGCCCCCUGGAUGUCUGAAAGCAUGUGGUGGGCCACUUUCAUGGAGUCACACGAUCCGCGUAUCGACUCUGAGGACAGACGGCCCGGGCGUGUGGGUUUAGAUCCGGACUUUGCGGACCUCUGUGGCAUAGAUGAGAUGUCGACCGUGGAUAAUAAUCCGUUGCUAUGGCCCUUGCGGAUGCUUACGUGGCUGCUCGUGCUUGAAAUAUCGCCGAAAAGCGCGCAGAAGUAUAAUAUGUGGAUGGGCCGGUUGGAGCCCGCGUAUUAUGACUGCUUAUUAGCGAAGAAUCCCCCAGCUUUGGUUUUGCUGGCGUGGUGGCUGGCCCUUAUUUGCCAUGUCGAUGAGUGGUGGAUGGAGACUCGGGCUCGCUCGGAGUGCACCGCUAUUUGCAUGCGGCUGGAGGAUACUGACGAUCCACUUGUGCUGAAGUUGCUGGAGUUUCCGGCCCAGUCGUGCGGAUAUCUUCUGCGACAUGUGCAGGAAAGGACUGCGCUCGAGCGUCCGGGCGAUAUACUUCUAGUCUGCUGA